AUUUUUCAGAUUAAAAAAAGCAUGGGUUGUGUUAAUAGCCGUACAGAUAUAAAUGAUCUGCACCCGAAUAUAUUUCAAGUUAUGAAUGUUGAUGAUCUGGGGAAUCUCAUCACUCCAGGAAGGCUAGAAGUUACUGAAACAGAUAUUGUACUCUAUCAGAGAGGAAGACAGCCAGUUAAAUGGCCAUUGAAGUGUUUGAGAAGAUACGGUUAUGACUCUGAAAUUUUUAGUUUUGAGUCGGGCAGAAGAUGUUCCACUGGCCCGGGUAUUUAUGCAUUUAAGUGUCGGAGAGCAGACCAAUUAUUUAAUCUUGUACAAACAAAUAUACAGGCUUGUAAUAAUGGCGAAGAUGCAAUAUCUCGUGACCUUUCAACCCCUUCAUAUUCCGGUCCAACGAUAACACGUACGACAAUACCAAAUGAGCCGAAUUACCUCGAUCCAACACCGCUAAGGCCUAACGGUCGUGUGAAUCUUCGGUUUUCACACAGUCAGCCGAAUGAAGUCGGAAGAUUAGGAAGUGUAGGCAGUAGCAGUGGCCCAAUGUCACCACAAGGAACGAUGAGUUCUCCAUCUCCACCUCCUAUGAUGUUGCCACCACCUCCUCCUGUUCCACAACCUUAUCCGUCCGCUUUGUACGUCAACGAUGAUGUUUUGUCGUCAAUGGCUAUGGACAAUGACGUCAGUCCUCUCUCGCCUUCACAUAGUAAUUCUAUUUCAACACCAUUGAAAGAAGACAUAAGUGAGACAGAUAAUUCACGACAUGCCUAUAUGAAUAUAAACCCCAGUCAAGAAAAUAUUAUCGAGUGCUCAAAUAAUCAACGCACACGACUGCCGACAUUGCCAAUACUACCGCUGUCUCUUCCAACAGAUUGGGAUGAUAAUAAUUCCCGUCACUGUUAUGCCAAUCUCGAGCCCAAAGAGAUUGAUAAUUUGCGUAAUAAAAUCACUGGAGUCUCUACGAAUAAUGAUAAUAAAUUGACAACCUUACCACCUACUCCGCCUGUUGAAGCAAUACGGGAAGUUAAUUACGCUGUAUUGGAUCUGGAUCAAAAUAGUAUGUCUGUUCCAUCGGUUUCUGAUAUCGCGGCUGCUGCUGGAACCACAGCUAGUUCUGCUACCACUACUACCACUAACGCUGCUCCAUCGCCGCCAGAAUCCCCUAAUAAACUUCAAAAAGGAUACGCGACCAUAGAUUUCAAUAAAACAGCAGCGUUGUCGCAUUCCGUUAAUCCAAAUGGCGUGAAUGAUAAUGAAGGAUCCAGAAAAACACGACAUAAUUCAACUAUCAACGACUUAGCAACUCCUUCGAGACAAAGCUCUUCGAUAAGUGAGUGA